AUGGCCGACAAAAGAGUUAAUGUGCUUGUCUACUCGGGCAAUGGUUCUACUGUCGAAUCUGUCCGUCACUGUCUCUGGUCCUUGCGCCGGCUUCUCGGACCAAACUAUGCUGUCAUUCCCAUCACUGGAGAGUCUGUCCUCAAGGAACCAUGGACCGCAUCUUGUGCUCUGUUCGUCAUGCCUGGUGGUGCAGACGUAGGAUACUGCCGCACUCUGAAUGGUGAGGGCAACCGCAAGAUCUCUGCCUACGUCAACAAAGGUGGUGCUUACCUUGGUCUCUGUGCUGGUGGCUACUACGCAUGUAAGCGCUGCGAGUUCGAAGCUGGAAAGAAGGGUAUGGAAGUCUGUGGUGAUCGAGAGCUUGGCUUCUAUCCUGGUAUUUGCAGAGGUCUUGCUUUCCCUGGCUUCGUCUAUCACAGCGAAGCUGGUGCUAGAGCUGCAGAGCUGAGCGUCAAUAAGGAAGCUCUUAGCACCGUCGGUGGUGCUGUGCCCGAGACCUUCCGUUCCUACUACAAUGGUGGCGGUGUCUUUGUCGAUGCCGAGAAAUACAAGGAUCAAGGCGUGCAGGUUCUGGCAAGCUAUACCGAACGUCUCCACGUCAACUCUGGUGAGGGUACUGCAGCAGUAGUCUACCGCAAGGUCGGAGAAGGUUCUGUCGUCCUGACCGGCCCGCAUCCCGAAUUCGCCGCAGUCAACCUCACCAAGGGUGCUGACAAUCCGGCGUACCCGAGAAUUGUCGAGGCUCUUGCUGCAGACGACAAACAGCGUAGUGACUUCAUGAAGGCAUGUCUUGCCAAGCUAGGAUUGAAGCCUAGUCAAGACGACCAAGGUGUGCCGUCUCUAUCUCGCCUUCAUCUUUCUGCUACGGAAGCAUCAGACAUCUCAGAGAUUGUCUCUUCCUGGACUGAAGUCGUCGAGGAAGUCGAUGGCGAACAUGUCAUCAAAGGUGAGAAUGACACUUUCCGUCUGGAGAAGCAAAGUGGACCAUGGAAGAGCGAUAGCUCCAGCACUCUCAGUCUUCAGAAGAUCGCCGAUGCUCUACCUGCUGUGGUGAAAGACGCCCUCCCUACCGCACUGACUGGCUCUACCUCGAACACUGCCGAGAAAGAGGGCACCAAACAGGACACCGGUAUUGUCGACUACGACAAAGUGAUCAAAAAUCUCCUCAUCCACGACACCUCCCUCCCCGACACAAAACAAACCCCCUAUUUCAACCACCACGCCUACUUCUCAAACCUCGCCCACUACAAAAGCCGCCACCACCACAACACCUCCGAAUCAUUCGGCAACACGCUCCUCUACGGCGAAGUCGUGACCUCCACAAACACACUACUCGAAAAGAACCCCACCCUCCUCGCAAAGCUUCCCAUCGGCACAACAGCAACAGCAACCACCCAAGUCGCCGGCCGAGGACGAGGAAACAACGUCUGGGUAUCCCCACCCGGAAGCCUCAUGUUCAGCACAAUCCUCCACCACCCAAUCUCCCUCUCCUCCACCGCCCCAGUAGUGUUUAUCCAAUACCUCUGCGCCCUCGCCAUCGUCUCCGGCAUCCAAUCCUACGAUAGAAAUUACACCAAACUCCCCAUAAAACUAAAAUGGCCCAACGACAUUUACGCCCUCGACCCUUCAAAAGGCCCUCACGCAAACCCCUCGGAUCCAGCCUCUUAUGCGAAAAUCGGUGGUAUACUUAUCAACAGCAGUUAUUCAGGUGGUGAUUACACGCUUAUCUGUGGAAUCGGUAUAAACGUCACCAAUACCGCCCCAACAACCUCCCUAAACGCCCUCUGUCACGCCGCAAACCUAGCCCCCAUACAGCUUGAAAAACUCCUCGCGUCAAUCCUCGUAAACUUUGAAUCUCUAUAUCUUCGUUUCUGCCAUGGAGGUUUUUCACCGUUGUUGGAUCAGUAUUAUGGGAAUUGGUUGCAUUCGGGACAAAUCGUCACGCUGGAACAGGAAGGUGGUGUUAGAGCGAGGAUUGCGGGCAUCACGGGGGAUUGGGGUCUUUUGGUGGCCGAGGAGUUGGGUUGGGAGGAUAGACCUACGGGCAGGAAGUGGGAGUUGCAGAGUGAUAGUAAUAGUUUUGAUUUCUUCAAGGGUUUGUUGAAGAAAAAGACUUGA